AUGGUCCAAUGCACACAGGCGUCCUCCAAACUGGAGCUUUCUCUCAACAACCCUGCGAAAGACCAGGAGACAGCGGCUAUCCCCAACCAGCCAAACCAAGCCAGCAAUGGUGAUGACUACACCCUUGAUGAAUUUCCUGAAGGCGGCGCUCGCGCAUGGGCUGUUGCCAUUGGCACGGCCGGUAUAGCGUUCUGCACCUUGGGUGUUAUCAAUUCGUUCGGGGUUCUUCAGGGCUGGUACCAGGUUAAUCAGCUGGAGGACCGGACUGCAUCAGAAAUAUCAUGGAUCGGGUCCACACAGGCAUUCUUCGUGUUUGGGGGAGGUGUAAUCGGAGGGCCUCUAUUUGAUCUCUAUGGAGCCAAGGUUAUUCGGCCGGCGGCAUUUCUCUAUGUUGUGAGCAUCAUGUUGACCAGCGUCUGCAAGGAGUAUUAUCAGUUUGUGCUCGCUCAGGGCAUUCUUGGUGGUCUUUCCAAUGGCAUGACCAUAUUUCCAGCGAUGUCCGCAGGACCACAAUAUUUCAACAAGAGGCGCGCCGCUGCCAUGGGAAUAGGGAUAGCGGGGUCUUCCCUAGGAGGUAUCGUCUGGCCCAUCGUCCUAAGUAAGAUGUUAAAUGAGACAGAGCUGGGCUUUGGAUGGACUAUACGCAUCGUGGGAUUUGUGUGUCUAGCCCUUCUUCUGCCAUCUUGCAUAGCAGUCAAAGCCCGCCUCCCGCCGCGAAAAAACCAGUUCUUUCUCUGGUCAUCCUUUAAAGAGCCCCCUUAUCUAUAUCUCGUCGCUGCAGGCUUCUUUGGGUUUCUUGGAGUAUUCACACCGUUGUUCUAUCUACCUAUCUAUGCCUAUAUCCAAGGUGCAGGCGUCUCACUGGCCUUUUAUCUCGCGGCGAUUUUCAACGCAGCAUCGUUCGUGGGUCGAGUCGUCACCGGUAUUCUUGCCGACAAACUGGGCCGCUUCAAUAUGUUUUUCGCAGCGACCAUCAGCAGUGGUCUCCUUACAGUUUGCUGGCCUGAGGUCCAUACUAAUGCUACAUUGGUUGUUUUCGCUUGCUUCUUUGGCUUCUGCUCUGGUGCAGUAACUAUGGGAAUGGCGGUGGCCUUCACCUCCAUUCCCAAAGACCCCAGGAACAUAGGUACAUAUAUGGGUAUGGGCAUGGGGAUCGCUGCUAUAGCGGCACUCGUAGGGCCCCCUAUUAAUGGAGCACUCCUUAGCGGCCGGGGGUUUGCUUCAAUGGCAUACUUCAGCGGAUCAGUGAAUUUUCUGGCGGCGUUUUUGGUGGUUAUAGCCAAACAUUCGACCACCAAAGGGAUUUUUUCGAACAACUGA